GGAGGCGCCCUGGGCCCUGGGUCAGCCCCUCUCAGUGGGUGAGUGGGCAAGGGGCAUGGGACUGCACAGGACAGUUAGCACCCUGGGCCACCCCUCCACCUGGCUGUGCCCUCCAAGGCAUUUCCCGUCGUCCUGGUUUGGUCAGUGGCUGAUGCCGGGUGAGAAGUCACAGGACCUGUACUGCUGGGAGGGGGCCGUGGACCUGCUGCGGGAGCUGAAGGCCAUGCCGGUCACGCUGCACCUGCUCCAGUCCACCCGGGUCGGCAUGUCUGUCAACGCCCUGCGGAAGCAGAGCUCGGACGAGGAGGUCACUGCCCUGGCCAAGUCGCUCAUCAAGUCCUGGAAGAAGCUCCUGGAUGCUUCAGAUGCCAAAGCCAGGGACCGGAGGAGGGGCGGGCCUCCGCCCACAUCAUCCUCAAAGGAGGGCUCGGAGGUCAAGGAUUCCAGGGGCCGGUCUCUCUCCAGUGGCCAGAGGCGGGAGCUGCCCCGGGCACCGCCAGCCCCGAGGAUGACCACGUUCCCCCCAGCGCCGGUCACCUGUGACGCCGUGCGGAACAAGUGCCGGGAGAUGCUGACGGCCGCCCUGCAGACGGACCGUGAGUGCCCACCAGACAGCUUGGUCCCCAACCCACUGCUGCCACCUGGUGCUGGGCGGGCUGAGGGGGUGAGGAGCCAGCGGGGCGGCUGGAGAGAGCUGCUUCCUGCAGGUGAGCACACGGCCAUCAGUGCAGAUUGCGAGCGCCUGUCGGCCCAGAUCGAGGAAUGCAUCUUCCGGGAUGUGGGGAACACGGACAUGAAGUAUAAGAACCGCGUGCGGAGCCGCAUUGCCAACCUCAAGGACGCCAAGAACCCUGACCUGCGGCGGAACGUGCUGUGUGGCACCAUCACGCCCCAGCAGAUCGCGGUGAUGACGUCGGAGGAGAUGGCCAGUGAUGAGCUGAAGGAGAUCCGCAAGGCCAUGACCAAGGAGGCUAUCCGAGAGCAUCAGAUGGCCCGCACAGGGGGCACCCAGACAGACCUGUUCACCUGCAGCAAGUGCAGGAAGAAGAACUGCACCUACACACAGGUGCAGACCCGCAGCUCUGACGAGCCGAUGACCACCUUUGUUGUCUGCAACGAGUGUGGGAACCGCUGGAAGUUCUGCUGACCCCUCCUGCAGAGGUGCCCGCAACGGCGGCCAGCGCUGGCUGUCCCUCCUCGCCUCCUGUGGACACAGCCUCUGAAGCCCUGCCUGUGCCUUCCUGGCUGUCCCCAGAAGGCAGACACCCACCCCCCAUCUGCAGCGCACCUGUAUCCAAAUGAUUAAAUGUUUCUUCUUGCCACCA